CCAUUCCCAUUCCCAUUGCUCAUUUCUAAUGGCAAUUGCUAAACCCAACUCUUUUUUUUUUUCUUUUGGUUUGGUUAAAAGAAGUUAUUACCCAUCAGUAAUUCAGUACUACAACUUUUUAACAAAGGCAUUCUCCAUGCCCACUGCCCCUGUGCUAUUAAGGCGCUAGGUUGCCACUUUUAGCUUUCUGGACCUUUCCCCCUCCAUCUUUGCAUGUGGCCAUACAUUUUCUGUAACUUUUAUUUGCCUUAUUGGGAAUUCAGGUUCCAGAGUGUACGUUGGUAAGCCUUAUCAUAUUGCAUAAACUGAAACAAAAGCUAACUGGUUGACAGAUCAAGUGGCUGUUUCAGCCAUGAAAUCUCCAAGCUUUGAAGAUCCAGGAUGCAUGAGAUUUACUUCAGAUGCACCCCAUUUUUUCAAGAUAAUUCUCGAAGAACCUGACAGAUGUGAAAAGCUUUGUAAGAUGCAGUGUUAAUUGGAGGGGUCUUGCAGAUGAUUCCAAAGAAGUUUGCAACAAGAUAUAGAAGUGAUAUUUCAAGUCCAGUGUUCCUUGAGGUCCCAAGUGGAGCACUAUGGAAAGUGGAGUUAAAAACUUGUGCUGAUAAAACAUGGCUAUGUAAUGGCUGGCCAGAAUUUGCAAAGGAUUGUUCUCUUGGUCAUGGAUCCUUUCUUGUUUUUAGAUAUGAAGGAAACUCCCAUUUCCAUGUGAUCAUAUUCGAUAAAACUGCUUCAGAGAUAGCAUAUCCAUAUGGUAGAACUCAUGGUAAGGUUCUCAAUAGUACUGGCAUUCAAGAUGAUGAUGACGAGUCAGUUGAAAUCUUAGAUGAAGUUCCACCAUCCAAGAAAUCACCAUCACUCAAGGGUGGACAUCAAGAUCUUAUGACAGAAGAAGAAGAUGAUGAUUAUGAUGAUGAAGAUGAUAAUGAUGAUGAUUAUGAUGAUGAUGAAGAUGAUGAAGAGGAAGAAGAAGAAGAAGAAGAAGAAGAUGAUGAUGAUGAUGAUGAUGAUAACUCAGUUGAACUCUCCGAUGAAGUUCCACCUUCUAAGAAAACAAUAGGGAAAUCACCAUCAAGCAGUAGUGGUGGACAUCAAGAUCUUAUGCUAGAUGAUGAUGAUGAUGAUGAUGACUCAGUCGAAUUCUUGUAUGAAGUUCCACCAUCCAAGAAAACAAGAGUGAAAUCACCAUCAACAUGCAGCUGGCCUCGUAAGAUGACGAGGUCCACUUCAAAUAUCAAACCUCCUGAGAUCAAUUCCAGCAGGGUCAAGUAUGAGAUCUCACAAUCAGAAUUUAAUGCCAAAAGAAGUGGUAAAUGCUCACAACAAAUGGAAUUUUGCAAAAGGAAGCGAAGAUUAGGAGGCAAGGAGAGAAAUAAAGCCCUUCUACGAGCCUGUUCCUUCAAAUCCAAAAAUCCUUCAUUUAAGGUUGUCAUGCAGCCAUCAUAUGUUUAUGAUACAUGUAGAAUGUUAUUACCAGUCAACUUUUGCAUGAAAUAUUUUCCAAAGCACAGGGGAGAUGCUGUCCUUACCGUCUCUGAUGGGAAGACUUGGUCUGUUGUGUACUCUGGAGAAAUCAAGCCUAAACUUUGCCGUGGUUGGAGGAAAUUUGUACAUGAAAAUAAUUUGGAAGUUGGUGAUGUUUGUGUCUUUGCGCUGAUCAACCAGACCAAGAUCACAUUUCAAGUGGAAAUCUUCCGUGCUGUUCAGGAUGCUAACAUAGGUCAAUCUCCAGCAAAAGGUGGUCGCAAAGAAAGGUUUAACACUGCUAAAAAAUGCUGUAUUCUUGGUGUUGCUACUAGAAAACGGGCACCUGAACCAACUAAAUCAGCUAGUGCUCCUCAAAGAUUCACUUCGUUCAAGUCCAAAAACCCCACUUUUACAAUCACCAUUCAACCAACAUAUGCUCGCUAUCUUGUGAAUGUGCCAUAUUCCUUCGUGAAGGAACAUAUUAAGCUGAAUGCAAACAAUGUGACACUUCAGGUUGGCAACAGAUUAUGGCCUGUUAAGUUAUUAAGAUAUUCACGGUCCAAGAAUGCCAGGCUGGGUAAUGGCUGGGGUUCAUUUAAAAGAGAGAAUUCUGUCAAAGUUGGACAAGUUUGUGUGUUUGAGUUGAUUAAUAAAGAGGAUGCUGUUUUGCGAGUGCACAUUUCCUGAAAAUCUUCCAAGUAAAUGGUGUUUUUCAUCCACUGGAUGUUCCUUUUUGUUGGUAAGAGACACUUUGAGUUAUGAAAGUUGUAAUUGUUUGCUAUGUUCUGCUUAGAUUUUUAUAUUGUCCGUGUCUUUUUAAUGAAAUUCCAACUAUUUCUAAAUUACUAACAAAAGAUGAUAUUUCUCAGAUAAUGAGUAUAAAUUGUUAAAUUGGAAACAUCACAAAUCAUUUAUUAAUGUUACUAAACUAAAGAGGGGUUUGGUAUAUUGCAAUACCGGAUAUUUAACUUGAUACCGUGAAUGGAGAAACCUUGCAUAAGGGUGUUUUGCUCUAAUCAAUGCCACUCUUCUUCAAGUUUGUGCUCCCUUCCCUAUCUCACUUAGAGACUCAUCAAUUUUGGCGUGGGAUGCUUGUUGCAUUUAUUUAUUUCUACAAUAUUUUCUCUGUUUUUUAUUCACAAUGCAAUAAUGUGUUUAAUUUACAAAAGUGGAACUAAUCCUUUGCUCCUCAGGCUUUCAACUUUCAAGUGAGUAUACCUUUAUAUUCUUUAGAUUUUUCAUAUAAUAAUAUCCAUAAUCCUUGUGUGUUUCUCUUUUUUUGUAAUUACUUUAUAAGAAUUUAUGAUUUAGCACCUUCUACAAAGAUAUAUUCAAACAUAACUUCUAUGCAGACUAUUGUUAGACCAAAUAGACUCUUAAUUUAUAU